AUGACCGAGAACCUCGCCUUUGAGGGCUUAGUCCCUAACGAAUACUUCACACACGAUGGCCGCCUGGGCUCUUUCCAUCAAGUCUACCCUGCACCUAAGCGCCGUCAAUCAGGCGCGACCAAAGGCGGCAAAAACCUCACAUGGCCGCAUAUGAAGUAUCUGUUGCCAGAAGAUCUCGCGAAAGCAGGUUUCGUCUGGCGGCCGUUCCCCGAAAACCCCGAUAACGUCGCAUGCUUCCUGUGCAACAAAUCUCUCGAUGGCUGGGAAGAGGGUGAUAAGCCCCUCGAGGAGCACUUGAAGCACUCUCCUGACUGCGGGUGGGCCAUUGUCGCGGGCAUCGAAGCCAACCUGAACGGUCUGCCAUCUGAGGACCCUGCCAGCACUCGAAUGAUCGCGGCCAGGAAGGCGACUUUCGAUGGACGGUGGCCACACGAGGGAAAGAGGGGCUGGAAGAAUAAGAUCAAACAGCUCGCCGAAGCAGGAUGGAAAUACACGCCUUCCCUCGAGUACAACGACAUGGCGACCUGCACCUACUGCGAGCUUGCUUUGGACGGUUGGGAACAGAACGACAAGCCCAUGGACGAACACUUCAACCGAUCCCCACAGUGUCCGUACUUCGCCUUGGUGAAUCAACACGCUUCCACGAGGAAGCCAAAGGGCAAGGCAGCCCGAGGCUCAAAGAACACAUCAAGGCUAUCCGUACAAUCAGUCGCGACAUCAGUGUCCGACAUCACAUCGAUAACAGACGUUCCCGCUGAGUUCGACGACAGCGUCUUGACAACGACCUCCACGAUGGGCAGCAAGAAGGGCACUCGCGCCAAGAAAACCACAACCGCGGCGAAAGGCAGGAAGACCAAGGCAAAGAAGGACGAGCCUGUCGAAGUAGUUGAGGACGAAGCCAUGCCGGAAGAUGAACCUAUGCCACCAUCAAAACCUGCCCGAGGCCGCAAGCGCACGAGCGACGAAGUCGAUGAUUCAGCGCUCACAGUAUCUGAGGCGCCUGCACCAAAGAAGCGCGGAGGACGCGGUCGCCCCAAAGCCGCAGCUGAUAGCUCGACAAUCGAACAAUCACAACAGGACAUCAGCAUUGGCGAUGCGCCGCCACCGGCGAAGGCACCAAAAGGCCGCAAGACUGCGCGCGCGUCUGGGACCAAGGGAACACGGAAAGCCUCGGCAACGUCACAGAGGUCAAACGCGUCGAUAGCAUCCUUGCGCACUGCUCCCGGCGCAUUCCCGGAAGAUGAUGACGAGAUUACCCGGCAGCUUGAGGCUGACCUUGAGCGUCCGCUGACCGACGACGAGGAUAUCAUGCAAGAUUCUGAUUCCGAACGAAAGAAAGCCCCUGCGCCCAAGGCGAAGUCGAAGAAGAGCCAUUCGAGCAAGGAGUCUGCGGUCAGUGAGCCGUCAGAUAACCAUGAAAUGUUUGAUGCGGAACCAUACGUGGCAGACGAAAACGAUGUUGACGACGAAUUGAAGCAACUGGAGGCCGAAAUGACCAUUGAUGAGCCUGAGGUGCUAGAAGUUCCCAAGAAGGGGCGCAAGGUCGCAGCCCCCCGUAAGGUGUCUAAGCAGACCAAGGCUCAGAAGGUCAAGGCCGCAAAAGUGGUCGUCGAAGAAGACGAGUUAGCGGUUUCAGCAGAGCCUAGCCGUCCUGAGGAGCCUGCUGAUGUUGAAGAGGAUGAGAUCAGCACUGCCACGGUGAUUACGACAAAGCCUGCUCGCGCAAGCACUGGUAGGAAACGCGGUCGCCCCUCGAAGGCAUCAUUGGCGUCGCGUGCAUCCCUGGAAAGCGCUGGCAAGGUUGAAGAGGUAGAGGCUAUCGAGCCGCAGGUUGCGGCCGCUGCUGAUAAGGUUGAGCCGGAACUUGAAGCCCAGCCUGAGCUUGAAGCUGAGGUCGAGACUGAAGCCGAAGAUGCGUCUGCGCGCCAGUCUUUUGCUUCGGCACGGCAAACGCCUGCGCCUGCAGCGCCUCAAGAUGAGCCUGAAGAGGAACACGAGGAGCCGGAGGAACCAGAAGAAGAGCUCCCCGAUGAACUUGCGGACGAGCCGGAAGAGGAGGAAGAGUCUGAGAUGGAGCAAGCAGAUGAGCUCGAGCAAGAGCCAGAAUCUGAGGCACCUGAGCCCACACCAAGGAGCGCACUGAAGACGAGCUCUCCGCCACCGCUAUCAUCGCCUGUUCCUACUUCAUCUGCUCGCCGCAGUGUGCAACACCAAUCAGGGACUCCGCGAAUCUCUCCUGCCCAGUCGGCUCGCCAGGCAGCUGUUUCGCCUUCGCCAUCUCCUCAGUCCUCAGAUGCUGAGAACCAGCCUCCGUCUUCAAGACCCUCCACAACUCAGAAGCGAGUGACACAUGCGCCUAUUUCAUCCACCCCAGCAAGACCAAACUCGCCGACUAAGCGCAAAGCUUUGGCGAGCCUCCAAAGCACUACGCCCUGGAACCCCGUUGACAUUGACCUUGUCUUCGGAUCCCCCGAGAAGUCGGACAAAAGGAACCCGGUAGACAGGCUUCUUCACAAAGGCACCGAGCUGACAAGCCCCGAGAUGCGCAUGACGGUGGAGGAGUGGAUUCACCACAAUGCCAACCAGGCCGAGUCGAAGCUGCGACAAGAGUGUGAGGCUAUGGUUAGCAAGUUUGAGAGCGAGGGUAGCAAGGCGAUGAAUGUCUUGGAGGGGCUGAUUGUAGAUUGA